AUGGCCCGCAUCACUCAAGUUUACCAGGGGACCUACCUCGCGCGCCCCGCGGACAUCAUGUCCCUGCCCGACCUCGUUGACCGUACCGCCAACGUGUAUACCAACGCCACUCGUAACAUGAAACUUUGGGAGGACACUCUCAUCGCGCUUCCCCACAACCCCGAGUACCCCAUUGGUAGUCCGAACCCGAUCGAUCCCAACACGAUCAGUUUCCUGGACCUCACCGCGAUUCCUGCCGGCUCUCCUGUGCCCUUCUUUCCCAACCUCCGCGCGGUGCAUGUUCGCCCGGAGAGCGCCUUUGUCCCCGCUCCCGUCGUCAUCCACACCAUCCAAGCACGAGCGGGUGAGAACUGGGGCAUCAACCCCGGCCUCAUCCCCCGCGUUUACAAUAUGGAAGCAUAUCAGCGCAUCCAGCGCGUCGUGUGCAUUGUUCGUGCUGAUACGGGCGUCGAAAUCGCCGCCUCGUCCAUGGACAUCGACGAGUGGAUCGAUGUUCUCAGCAGCCUCGGUUCUGCUGUGACACGCGAGAAGGACCCUGGAGACAAGGACCGGCCUCCUUCUCUGAAACUUGUCCUCCGCAUCCUCCCAGCUUCCAUCCAGCGUGUCCCACUCCCUUCCAACUGGGACGUCAACUAUUCGGCACUCGCCCAACUCGGUAUCGCGGUUGGAGCUCACCUCCCUGACGUAAAACUCUAUCUCGACGGCCCGGAGAUGUGGGACAUGGAGUGGCUCGGCUUCAACUUCUUUGCCCAGCGACCCGAUUACCAUGCGGCAUACCAGCACAUCGCGACUUUGGUCGGCCAGAAGCAGAUUGGGACUUGGAAAGUUGUCGAUGAGCAUAUGGGCUACGACAAGUGGCUUGAACGUAAGCUCAUUGGACAUGUCGCCGCGCUCCGUCAAGGCGAGUACGAGAAGGCCGUUCGUGCCGAGGGUCUCUGGGAGUUCGAGACUAGUCGCCAGUAG